AUAAUUAAAACUCUGAAGCUGUGUAUACAGUAUAUCGCCAAAUGAAAGAAAAUGUUUCAGAUACUUUAAAGUCCAGCAGCAUCUACAAUAAAUAUUCCCUGAAUCAUCAUCUUUUUUGGUGCAAGACCAAUUUUCAAUCAUGUCCCACCUACACUUGUCACUCCCUCUCCUCGUUUUAUUUUACACCUCAUCAUAAAUCCUGGGAGCUCUGCAGUAAACUUUGAACMAGCUGAUGGGUUGUUGUGCAGGACUGCAGAAACAGGCUGAUCUGUGGAGGGACCUGAGGGGAACCUAAUAGAAAGACCCUCAUGUAGCAGUGAUGUAAGAUUCUUCAUCCUUCGCUUCGAUCCUCCCUGCAGACUCUGAUGCUGCCCUGCUCCCUGCGCCCACAGCAGACAGCUUGUGUUCAACAGGGGCGGGGCRGUGGGGGCUGCCUUCUGUCCCGCUCGGCUCUGCGGAGGAAAGGCGCACCUGAGCGGAUUUCCAGCACCGGUUGCGCACGUUGGAGGAUCCAAGAAUGAAGCCCCGUCUGCUGGGCGGCGGCGGCGGCGGGACGACCAGAACCUUUCUKUCUGCAUGCCUGAUCUCGGCUUGCCAAGCCCUGCAGAGCUGCGGGGAGGUCCAGUGCGUCGAGGGCCAGCGGUGCUGUCCGCCCAUCGCGUCCGGGAACGGCAGCGCCUCCGCCGCCGUGCGCUGCUGCAAACUCCCCAUCCACGUCUUCUUCGACAACGUGGGCUGGUUCACGCGCAAGCUGUCCGGCAUCCUGAUCCUGCUGCUGCUCUUCGCCAUGGGCUACUUUAUCCAGCGGAUCAUCUGCCCUCGGCCCCGCCGACACCAGAACCCGGACCGCAGCGAGGAGCCCUCCCUCUUCCACGGCCACGCGUCCGCGUCCCAGGAUUUCCUCCUGGACCGGUACCCGGAGCCCUGCACCCUGGGGGACUUCUCCUCGCCGAACCUGCCGGCCUACGACGAGGUGAAAUACCUGCCCACGUACGAGGAGAGCAUGCAGGAGCUGCAYAGGGACCGGUCCGACGAGAACCUGCUGCUGGACAGCCAGAGGACGGGUGAGGGCAGCAGAACCGGACCGGCGUCCGGGCAGCGGAGCCCGGAUCUCCGGCAAGAGACAGGACCGCAGCAAAGCCCAAGGACAGUCCGGAACUGAAAGGAAGACCCUGGACAAACUGAACCUGUAGCCCACAGUAUUAUUAAUUAACUUAUUAAUUAUCAGGGGAAGAAUCAGGAGGAGAAACAAACACAAGUGCAAUUAUUACAAUAAUAAUAAUAAUAAUAAUAAUAA